GCAGGGCUAUAGCAAAUCAGGGUCUGUGAAAUCCGUUGAUAAUAUAAACCUGGGUUUGCAGAAAAGAAGAUGUGGCUUCUUUGUUUCUUAACAUUACCGGCCCGUCCUGUAACCUUGAAUGCUGUAGCCUGAAGCGAUAGCUCCUUGCUGACUUGGAUACAAACUACCUUAAAAAGUGUAGCUUUGGAAAGUUAUACAAAUGCAAAAAAACAUGUACAUAGCUUGGGUUAUUUAUCUAACACUCUGUCAAACGCUUGCUAAUUCUUUUUUUAACAGUGUGUGCCGUCUUAGUGCUGAAGCCUCAUUUGUUUACUGGUUUGCUUUUUUUAAUUUUUUUUUCUUAGGAAAUGCUGCUGCAGAGGGUGCAGAUGGAACCACAGGAGGAAGCAGAAGAAAGUCCUCCAUUCAGAGUCAAUGUGGAGCUGCGGUAUUGGCUGGGGGAGCACAGCCAGGCAAGGCUCAAGCAGCUUGGGGCCCUCUGUGUGGACGAGGUCACCAUCAAAGACCAAUACUACGACAAUGAGUCAUUCACACUGGCGGCCAAGCAGGUGUGGCUCAGCCAACGAAACAGGCGCUGGCACCUGAUCCUGGGCCAGAGGGCACACUUCAACCGAGCCCAGGGACAAGCACAGCGGGAAUCGCAAGCAAGCCCGCCGGAAAGUGCAGGCAAUCUAAAAACCAACAGGUCAGACGGAAAGGCUGACCUGGAGAUUAAAGGAGACAUCUCGUCGAAAACCCAAGAGGGAGAGCAACAGACGAAGGUUUCUUCUUCUGAUCGUCUGACCUGCAAUUCAGUGACUUCUUCUGCUCCUUGUCUGGACGCAGACCUCAGAUACUGUGAGCUGACUGCACACACAGAGAUCAUUGUGCACUUGGCCCAGUGCCUGCAGAUUGCUUUGACGGCGGAGGAACGAAGAAACAUGACAAUGGAAGCCUUUCUGAAGCUGGCAGGCAUCCACCACUAUGGCAGCUGGAACGUUACCAAGAAGAUAAGUUACAAGCUGGGGGACACCUGCGCUGUGAUUAUAGAGAGAGACGAGUCCUUCCCUCCCAAACAAGCAGCUGUACUGACGAUGGAGGCCGACGUGCUGAACAUCGUCAGCGAGCUGGAAAAGAUGGAGAGGAUUGCGAAGGAACUGGAGCUUGAACCAGCUUCUGCAGCCUAGUGAUGCAUUUCCACAUUACCAAAAAGAACGGUCCUGCAUCUUGUAAGAUGCUGAACAACGACAAUUCCCUUAACUCUCAAAAAAAAAAAAAUUCUCUUUUAAAUUCUAGUGAAAAACACUAUCUGGCCACUAGACUGUAAAACUCCCUUUGGAAUAAAAGGUAAA